AUGAAGCUCCACAGGGGGCUGGACGGGCAAUUGGAGGUCAAAAGUGAAGAGAGGUUUCAAGAAGCAGAAGCCAUGGGGUCCAUAGUUGGAACAGGCCCCAUCAGAGGACAUGGCCGGGUGCACAGGCCUCCACCUGGGCAGCACAGGCAUUGUGAGGGAUGCAUCAACCGCCACUGCCAUGUUCCAGUGGAGCCCAGCGUCUCCUGCCAGGUGAUAAGCUGCCACCUGCUCUGUGGCGCUACCUUCCACAUGUGCAAAGAGGCAGAGCACGCGCUCCUCUGCCCUCUAGAGCAGGUUCCCUGCCUCAACUCCGAGUAUGGAUGCCCGCUCUCCAUGGCCCGCCACAAGCUGGCUAAGCAUCUGCAGGUGUGCCCCGCCAGCGUGGUCUGCUGCUCCAUGGAAUGGAACCGCUGGCCCAAUGUGGACUCCGAAACCAUCCUUCAUGAGAACAUCAUGAAAGAGACCCCCAGCGAGGAGUGUUUGGACACAGCCCUGGCCCUCCAGGACCAGAACAUUCUCUUCAGGUCCUUGAAAAUGGUAGAACUUUUCCCAGAAACCAGAGAUGCCACCGAGGAGCCAGCCAUGAAUGGUGACACCAGUUGGGAAGAGAUUGGAGGCGCGGUGGGGGGAGUGGAUGCCAGGCCAGGACCACACGGUUGUCUGCCAGCAACCAACGGGCCAGUGAUGGAACUCAGUCAGGAGGAACGAGAUGCCCUGGCAAAAACCAAAGAAGGAAUGGACUUGGCCAAGUUUGGCGAGUGGGAAAGCAUGUUCAGCAAGGAGCACGCGGCCUCGGUUUUAACGGGAUCCUCUGGGAAGAGAGAAGACAAGAGCGUGACUGGGAAAGAGCAGUGUUCCGGUGAUGGCAGCCCACGUGGUGCAGAGGGCUCGCCCCGAGGGAGAGAACCACAGGAAAGCCCGAAGCCCCAGGAUCUUCCCGUUGCCAUGGAGAUGACAGGGCUUGCGCCCUGGCAGGAUGGUGUUCUGGAAAGACUGAAAACAGCUGUAGAUGCCAAAGACUACAACAUGUAUCUGGUGCACAAUGGACGUAUGCUCAUCCACUUCGGGCAGAUGCCUGCUUGCACGCCCAAGGAGAGAGAUUUCGUCUACGGCAACCUCGAGGCUCAAGAAGUGAAAACGGUGUACACCUUCAAAAUUCCUGUGAGCUACUGCGGGAAGCGAGCUCGCCUGGGAGAUGCCAUGUUGAGGUGCAGGCCAAGUGAACACAAGGCCGUGGACACUUCCGAUUUGGGCGUCUGUGUGGAGGACCUGCCCAAAUCCGAUCUCAUCAAGACCACCCUCCAGUGUGCGUUGGAAAGAGAACUCAAAGGCCACGUCAUCUCUGAAUCCAGGAGCAUCGAUGGGCUCUUUAUGGACCUUGCCACCCAAACAUACAACUUUGAGCCAGAGCAGUUUUCCUCAGAGACAGUGUUGGCUGAUGUCCUCGGCACUGCCCAACCUGGGGGCCUGCACGUGGAGCUCCACAGUGAGUGCGUGACUCGGAGGCACAAUAAAAGCAGCUCAGCCUUCACUUUUACCUGCAACAAAUUCUUCCGGAGAGAUGAGUUUCCCCUGCACUUCAAGAACGUCCAUACAGACAUUCAGUCGUGUCUCAAUGGCUGGUUCCAGCAUCGAUGCCCUCUCGCCUACUUGGGAUGUACAUUUGUCCAAAACCACUUCCGCCCCCCUGGACAAAAAGCAAAAGUGAUCUACAGCCAGGAGCUGAAGACCUUUGCCAUCAAGCCAGAGGUUGCUCCGGAGCUGAGUGAGGGAUGGAAGAGCGACCAGCUCUCAGGCCAAGGAAGGAAAAGCCUGAAUUCUCUAACCAGCCUGCCGCUGGAGGUUUUGCAAUACAUUGCUGGGUUUCUGGACAGCAUCAGCCUAGCCCAGCUCUCCCAGGUGUCGGUACUGAUGAGGAACAUCUGUGCCACUUUGUUGCAAGAGAGAGGGAUGGUCCUCUUGCAAUGGAAAAAGAAGAGGUAUUCUCAUGGAGGCACCUCCUGGAAAGUCCACAGUCAGAUCUGGCAGUUCAGCAGCCUCUUCUCCAAAAUCAAGAGCUGGGAGUUUAACGAAGUCACCUCCAUGUCCGAACACCUGAAAGCCUGUCCUUUCAACAUCGUGGAGCAUAAGACUGAACCGAUUCGUUUGACCAGCAUGUGUCAACCCCAAGAACAGGCCCGGGAGAGCUUGGUGUCCACGUUUAGGGCCCGACCACGGAGUAGACACACCUAAAGAUUUGCACAGCCCUGCUCCUGGCUCCUCAGGGUUAACGAAAUUAGGACACUACAGUUUGAGGACACCAUUCAUAUCUGCUUCACUGGGUCUGCGAAUGUGUGAAGUCCUUCAGGCCUCAGCAACUACCCUAGGACACUAGUUUUCUGAGCUAUGGCUUGUAAGAUAGUGCCACAUUUUUGCCUUAUCUUAGUUCUUUCCUCUUUUCAUUUCCUAAAAUAGAUCUGUCUGGGAGAAAAUAAGUAACUUAAGGCCGUUUGAAAAAAAUGAACCCAAGUCCUUAGCUGACUAGAGAGCCAGGAAAUUCUGUAACCAGCAUAGGCUGGUGAUUCUUCACUGAGCUAUCUAGUUUACAAACCACCUUCAAGUUCUUGGAGCAGGUACUACAGGGAUAGAGUCUGAGGUGCAGUGACCUCCCUGGGUAUCCCAGGUGGAGGGAACUCAUCUGGAAGGUUCUAGAGCUUGGUCUUCCCUGAUGGUUAAGGGCUCUUUCAGUCCCCCUACUGCAUCAAAACCCAGAUGCUUCCAAUACAACCCAACAGAAUGGACCAUACUGGGUGAGCAUAGCAGUUUCAAGGGCACCACAGGCCAAAGCAAAACGGUCCGUUGUCUUGGCAACACAAAGAAAGAAAGUCCUUAAAAUGAAGGAAAGGUCAAAGAUCUCCGGGAACAAAGUAGCUCCUGGUUGAGAGCCACUGUCUUAAAGGUGGAUACACCAGAACACCAAGUUAGGAUGUGCUCCCUUUUAGUGUGACAAAUCCGAUCUCACAGAGGUAUUCAGUGGCCAUAAUUCAAUGGGACUCUUACUUGUUUACAAAAUAACUUUUAAACAUGUGAUGAUGCUAAAUUGAGAACCAGAUGGAGCUGAUCUCCCCAAUAUGGUUUUGCGUCCUUGGGCCACCAAUGUAAGAAUAUAUCCUCCCUCCCUGGCCUCUUUGGGGAUACCUGAAACCAGGAAAGUAAUUUAUCUUAGGUUAAGUUACUCUUCCCUUAUUUGGCGCCAUUUCCCAGCAAUCCUAGAAGUUCUCAUGCUAAUGAAAAACAAGGAAAGGGAGGCAGGCAUCACCGGGAACCAGCCAGCCAAGAAUUCAAAUCAUGAAGGAGUCUCGCCAAUCUGUGAGCUGCUGGUCUGGGCAUCUGCCUCUCUGACCACGGUUCCUAGCUGGUGCAGAUGAAGAAGCUGGUGCGGAUGAA